AUGAUCGCAGCAACCAGAGCCGCUGGCCUCGCUGCUUUCAGCCCAUUAGCCGAUCCCAGCAAGCCCUGCACUCCCGCGGUCUGCACCGACAUCGGUGCGAGCUGCACCUCCUCAUCAAUCCGUCCCUACACUGCUGCUCCGGAACAUACACCACGCAAGCCGACGCGCACGCCGGCAUCCGCACCCGCACCCGGUCUCCUGACGCGCAUUGUGCUGGCCGUGUGCGACUGGACCUGGCGCCAGUGGUACAACUUCAUCGCGACGUGGGGGAUCUCGGUCAUGGAGCCGUGGGAGCGCGUGUUUGCGCUCUCGCUCAUGGCUGCGUGCGUCGCACUGCUCGGCGUAGCGUGCGUCAAGCUGCCCGCCUGCAUCGCGUACGCGCUCUCCCGCGCCGGAUUCUACGUCUUUGGCCCCCCGUCGAAUGCAUCGCCGUCAACAGCUGGGCCGGCGGCGGCGGCAGCGGCAAGAGGUAUGUCCUUGGUGAACAACGGCUCAUCUGCGACAGGGAUUAUGGGCGCUGGUGGUGUUGUCGACUUGCACAUGUGCCAACAGGCGCUCGCGAGUGGACUCUUGACGCUUGUCCAAGACAGCAAUGCUUCCAUCGACGCCGUUGGGGCUACGAGAAAGGUGGUCGUGGGUGGCGGUGGACGCGCCGCUUCAUGGCCGCUCUCUUCAUGA